CCUUCUCAUAUCAUUGAUCAUAGGAUCAAUCUAGCACGCUUCACAACAGCACAACACAACAUCACACCAACACACAACCAACGCACAAUCAACUCCCUUUGCUUGGAGAUCCAAAGCUUCCAUCCCUUCAAGAAGAUGUCAUCUACAAGCAAAAAGUCCUCCUCCUCCUCCAAGUCGGUACGAUUCUCCGCCGAGUCCAAGCCAGAAGCGCCGAAACGAAGUCGCGAUGACAGUGACGAUGACGAAGACAUUGUCAGCCACAAGAGGGUGUUGAAAAAGAAGCGAACCGACCAAAUGAAUGAGGACGAAAUGGACGAUGUGGACGACUGGAACGAAGAUGACGAAGAGGACGACGGCUUGCCUUCGAUUCGAGAGCGUGAAAAGGCCAAGAGAGCGCGACGGAACAACCGAGAGCACGGCACGGAAGAGGAUGAUGACGAUGAUGAAGGUGGUGGAAUGGAAUCCACUAGCAUUGACGAACGGACCAGUCUCGCUUCCGAGGGAAUUCAAAUUGAACCGUUUCACAUGAAACAAGAGCAAUCCGAUGGUACAGGAUUCUUUGAUGGGGAUACUUAUAUUUUUCGAAAGCGGGAUGCGGAUGAAGAACCAGAUGCUUGGUUGGAAAGCCUCAAAGACAAACCCUCCACCAAAUCUUCCACACUAGAGGAUGCUAGUUCAGAUGAUGCAGAAUCGGACAGCAUGAUCCAAUCGGAAAGUCUCACCAAGGAAGAGUGGUAUGCCAAGAUUUUAAAUCUAGUCAGUGACACGGAAACCAUCAUGCAGGCAGUCAUUCGCUACGGGAGUCUGCUCAAACGAAAACCACUCAAGAGAAACAAGGCCAAAAAGCACGAGGCUGACAACGCCAGCACCAACAGCAAUACAGAAGAAAAUCCACAGGCUUCGGAAGCCUUUCAAUUUGCACAAACGUCCUUGAAUGAUCUCACGGAAGCAGCCAAUGCACUGCUGGGGAUGGGAGACGUUGACAUUUACCAAAAAACACGCAAUGAUUUGCUCAAACUAAUGCCCUCCAACAAUAGCAAUAGCAAUGAAGAGGACAAAGAUGACACUGAUCUACAAAAUCAACAAUCAGCAGACAAGACAAAACCAAAAGUAUCGUGGGAAUACAAGGGAAGUCAAGAUGGACAAAUACACGGUCCUUAUACUUCGGAACAAAUGAGAGAUUGGACCCAAGCGGGUUAUUUUGUGGGUGUCCAGGCAGUGCAGAUACGUAGUGUGAAAGAGGAAGAAGCAAAGGAAAAGGAUUUGGGGGAGGACUUGCUAGCAGACCUCAUGGAUGAUGAUGAUGAUGAUGACGACGAGGACAAAGAUAGUGGCAAACAGGGGGAGAAGAAAAUGGUUCAAGGAGAAUGGGUUUUGUCGGAUAGUGUCAACUUUGGAUCAUAUUGCUAAUGCACACAAAAUAAUAAUGGCAGUGCAUGUAAAACCGCUUGUGUCCAACAAGGGUCUGUAUCAUAGUUCUGCUUUUGUCCUUUUCUGGCACGAACAGUGUCAAAGGCCGCAAGUCCUCAUGGUGAUAAUCAUUGUCGAAGCAGGUAUGCCACCCUUCUUUAUUUCCGUGGAGAGUCCAACUAGCUGGGCUAAGUUUGUCCAAGAUGCCGAUGGUACCAAUACCCUCUAGCUCGAUUAAAUCAAACUGAUCUUCUUGUGUGCUGAAAGGAUACCACUACAUGUAGCUAGAUCCAAAAUUAGAACAUCUGAUUCAAUCCAUUGUUUCAUUAGAAUUUGACACUAACAUAUUCAUACAAAUUCCGAAGCUACAUGUUGUAUUUGUCGUAGGUAAUCUCCCACACAUCUUCAUCUACGGUGUCCUUGUCACUGACAAAGGCUGGAGGUGGAAUUUUCGCUGGCGGAUCCGGUUUCGGUAUGAUGGCUCCACUUUUCUUGGCGACUCGUACUUUGGUACCAUCCUCCAAGAACUUUUUGUACACUCGAGUUGGUUUUCCAGAGGCUGGAUCCACCAGAUUGACCUUGGAAUAGUGUAUCGAUCGUUCCACUUGCUCCACGCGGCUCUUAAGGCCCACAGCUGGAUUUCCCUUGACGUGUUUGGGUCCCAAGUUGACACCUUCCACAAUAACACGAUCCUUGUAUCUCAGCACCACCUUGACAACGCCCUGCUUGCCACGUUCAGGAUGUUUGCCAAUCACUUGGACCUUGUCGCCCUUGACAAUAUCCCAUUUGGUCUUCUUGGCGGCUUCUCGUAGUUGUGGGGAAGGCUUUCUUCGGACCAUCGACCGCUGCACUGCGGCUAUGAUACUGUUGCGAGUGGCCAUAUCAACUAUAAUACAGGCGUUGCUGUCUUCCAACUUAGUACUCGUGUAGUCUUUUCAAGAUGAAGGGACCGCUGAGGGAACGGGUGGUUGUUUGUGUGGUUGUCAUCAUGGUCGCGGC